AUGACCAAUAGUGAAAAACAAUCAGAUGAAAUUUUUGCAUUACAAUCAAUAUUUGAUAAAAAAUGUCAUCUUGUUAAUAAUGAUCAAUAUGAAAUAUCGAUUGAAUUUAAUCUCAAUACACCGAUUACCAUUCAAUUUAAUAAUCAAACAGCUAUUAUUCAAUAUUUACCACCAUUGACUCUUAUUAUUCAUUAUCAUGAUGAAUAUCCAAGUGAUUACCCACCAUCAUUUAUUCUUUCAUGUUUUUAUUUUUCUAAAAUUAAUCUACAAAAACUUUGUCAAAAACUUGAUAAUUAUCCAUUUCAUCAAGGCGAAGUAUGUGUUUAUGAUUGGAUUGAAUUAAUUAAACUUGAAAUAAAUAAUGACUUCAUAUUUCAUACGAAAUAUCAAGAGCAAGAAAAUGAUCCACGAGCAUUAAAUGGAUAUACAAAUGAAAAUGUAGAAAAAAUCUUUCAAUAUUUAAUUAAUUAUAAUCAUGAACGUGAAAAUGAACAAUUUCAAAAUCAACUUCAAACUUGUUUAAUUUGUACUGAUAUUAUUCGAGGUUUAGAUUGUAUUCGUCUUCAUCGUUGUAGACAUUUUUAUUGUCGUUCAUGUUUAAAUAAUUAUAUUCAAAUAAAUUUAAAUAAUGGACAAUUUGGAGAAAAAAUUCAUUGUCCACAAAAUGAAUGUAUGAAAUCAUUACUUCCAACAGAUAUUAAACAAAUUCUUGGAAAUAAUAAUGAUUUAUAUGAAAGAUAUGAACGAUUAACAUUACAGCAUAGUCUUGAAUUGAUGAACGAUAUUUUAUGGUGUCCAAGAUGUCAACAUCCUGUUCUUGUUAAUAAUGAUGCUGAUGAUAAUCUUGCAUCGUGUAAUCAAUGCUAUUAUACAUUUUGUAAAAAAUGUAAAGAAAUCUUUCAUUCUCAAACUUUAUGUCGACAAGAAUAUAUAAUUCAACAACUAAAACUACAAAAAGAAAAAGAAUAUCAGCGAAUUCAACGUGAAAAAGAAGAAGCUCUUGUAAAACUUGCUCAAAUUGAACGAGAGAAAAAAUCUGCAAUUGAACGAAAAACUGUUGCACAAAAAUAUCGUCAAAUUGUACUUAAAUUAUCAGAUGAACAAGUUCUAUUAGAAGAAGUAUUAAAUGCUGAACGAAUAGAAUCACUUAAUACUCAAUAUUGUCCAAAUUGUCGUGUACGCAUUGAAAAAAAUGGUGGUUGUUCUCAUAUGCAUUGUUCACGAUGUAAUCAUCAUUUUACCUGGGAAACAAUAACAAAAUCUGAAACUUCGAAUAAUACUACUUUGAUACAUAGUUUUAAUCAAAAUGGUGAACCAAUUGAAUCUGUCAAAGAAGAAUUGAAUAAAAUAGCAAAUAUAGGUUAG